AUGCGACGCGCCGGAGCGGCCAGGGCCGUCCACUGGGCCCUCCUGGUCGUCCUGGCUGCCCUGAGCACGGCCCUGGGGGGCUGCGGUGGCUGCCGGCACGAUGCCGCAAACUGCGCCCUUGGCAAUGAGGACGACUGUGCAGAUCUCGGCAAGUUUGGAGGAUGUAUCAAGGAGGCAAACUGCUGCGAGUCUUCCGACGCAUCUUCCGAGAUAUCCUCGCUUACCAGCUGGAGGAAGCGCCUGAAUGAGCUCUAUGCAUCAGCAGAGCUGGCCGGGCUUGCUUGCGAGCCAAGUCCCUGCGUCAGCUAG